CCCAAACUCUCUCUCUCUUUCUCUUUCUCUCUAGAAGAUUUUUGAUUAAGAAGCAAUCAUGGCCACAACGACGAAGAACGUAUUCUCUACCAGAUGGACCUCCGAAUUGGAUAUAGAAGAGUAUAGUAUCAUCCACCAAUACCACAUGAAUUCACUCGCUGGAGAUGUUCCACAGUCUUUCUCAUCUCUUGAUGAUACCACCAACUGUUUUAACUUUGAUUCUUCUUGUAAUAAUGAUUUGGUCGAAGAGAUACCUUCAAAGAUCCUCAAGACCACUCACAUAUCACCAAAGAUACAUCCUUUUCCUUCUUCCAUUAAUACUCCUCCUUCAAAGCAUCAGCCCUCUUCCAGGAUUCUUUCUUUCGAAAAGACUGGUUUGAAGGUUAUGAAUCACAACUCCCCAAACUUAAUAUUUAGCCCCAAGGAAGAAGAAAUUGAAUUACAAGACCAAAGGAAAUCCAAGCUGAUAAUAAGAGGGACAAAAAGAGCUCAAACCUUGACUCGUAGCCCAUCAAAUGCUCAAGAUCACAUCCUCGCAGAGAGGAAACGGAGAGAGAAGCUUACUCAAAGAUUUGUAGCUCUUUCCGCCCUAGUUCCUGGCCUAAAGAAGAUGGACAAGGCUUCUGUGUUGGGAGAUGCAAUAAAGCAUAUUAAGUACCUCCAAGAGAAGCUGAAAGAGUAUGAGGAACAAAAGCAGGAAAGAACAAUGGAAUCAAUGGUUCUUGUAAAGAAGUCUCAGCUGGUUUUAGAUGAAAAUCAUCAAUCAUCAUCAUCUUCCUCAGAUGGAAAUCGUGGUUGCUCGAGCUCGAAUCUUCCAGAGAUAGAAGUUAGGGUUUCGGGAAGAGACGUUCUUAUUAAGAUUCUAUGCGAGAAGCAAAAGAGUAAUCUGAUCAAGAUUAUGGGGGAGAUUGAGAAGCUUGGUUUGCUUAUCACCAACAGCAAUGUCUUACCCUUUGGACCCACUUUUGACAUCUCUAUAAUUGCUCAGAAGAAUAGCAAUUUCGAUAUGAAAAUCGAGGAUGUUGUGAAGAACUUGAGUUGUGGCUUAUCAAAUCUCACGUAAUUGAUUUCAAGUUACACACAUGUUCACAUUAAUCAUCAAUUUCUCCGACCGUCACCUAAGAAUCCUAAAAUCGGUUUUUCCAUGAAAAUGGUUUUUUAGUUGGUAAGUUUGAUGUAUAGAGAGUUUCUUUAAGUCAUUAAAAGAUCCUUGUUCGUGUGUUAUUUAAGUGUGUGCUUUAAGAUGCAUACCAUCAAUGUUUAGUACCUCUUCCUCUCCGGUUUCAUUCGGGGCGAAUUUUUUUUCGCAGUUGUUGGAUUAUAUAUUCCCUGCGAUGUAAAGCAUUUCGUUAGUUUAAUAAACGUACGGUAUGUUUCUUAA